AUGGCGACGGUUCGUUGUACACGCACCCUGCUCCAGCGAACGCAGGCGGCGGUCGCGGAGGAGGGACGCCGGCUCGUGCCAAGCAGGUUCAUGCGCUCGCGCCAGCUCUCCAGCCAGGUCUCCAGCGAGCAUGCUGGCAAGUCCCCUGCAUUGGAAUCUGAACUGGACAUGAAGAUGAAGAAGCUUGCGGCCUCGAUGGCUCGGUUGAAGAACACUCCAGGACCAGAUGCCUCUAAGUUGCGCUUGAUGUCUUACGGACGUGCGGCUAAUAGUGUGGUCGAUGGAGCUGUCAACUUUGCAAUUUUCUGUAUCAUUUCUGCUGCUGUUUAUCGUCGCUACAGCGAGAAGGGGGUAGAAGCCCAGGCUAUUACCAAGGGAAGCUCGUGAAGACAGGAUCGCAAAAAUGAAAACCAAAGCUGGCCCCAGCUUGUUUUCAAUUUAAUUAUGACCUCUGCAGUUUGGCUAGCUAGCACUAUGCUGUGAUAUUGUGUGACAUGGUAUCAUGUUAUUUAUAUGUCCUCUAUCCACUCCCUCCAUCCCAUAAUAUAAGAGCAUUUUUGACACUACAUUAGUGUAAAAAACGUUCUUAUAUUAUGGGACGGAAGGAGUAUCUAUCUACCUAUAUAUUCGAGUAGAUUAUGCAUGAAAGUGUAGGCUGAUGCUAAAAUACAUUGCAUAGCUUAUAUGGUCACUGGCCUGCAUUGUUGGUGUUACCCGCCUCAAAGUGAUUGCAAUCGACUCAGAAGUUAUUCAUGACUGAGGCUGUGUUUGGUUGAGC